CGUUAGAUGAAGAAGCCGGGAGAAAUGUAUAAAAGAAUUAGCUCCGAGCGUUUCGGCAUCAGUCGCUCACUUGGAAGCUACCAUAACAAAUCAAUUAAAGAUGAAACUGCUCAUUGUCGCCCUCGCCUUCGUGGCAAUCGUCGCUGCCGGCCCCGUCCCGGAGGUAGUGAAGGAGCCAGUAAAGAUCGUCCGUUCCAAUUUCGAUCAACAACCCGAGGGAGGAUACGCUUUCAGUUACGAGACCGAAGAUGGAUCCAAACGUGAAGAGACCGCAGACGUGAAGGAAGCCCUUGAUGAGGAAAACAAGCCCCACCAAAUUCUCUCCGUCCGUGGAGCAUUCUCCUACGUGGACAGCGAAGGCAAGGUUGAAACCAUCACCUACUACGCUGACGAAACCGGUUACCACGCCGAGGGUCCAUCCAUCCCCAAGUCUCCCGUCGCCAGGAGAUAAACGCUUUCCGACUGAAUGAUCUGUAAUAUAGGCUGUACAGUGUACAGUUCUGCCAUAGUUUAUGUAGCGAGGCAUCCGCUAUAUAAUGUCGCUCACUAAAGAUGCCUACUGCCAUAUUUUGUACAUUUUUACUGUUGAUAUACGUUUGUAUAGAAAUACACGUUGAAGUAUAAUUA